UAUGAUUUGUCGAGUUUCGCCGUUUCUUCCUUUUUCUCUCUCUCACACAUCCUUUCUAACUCUGUUAAUCCUUCCCCGUUAAGAUUCUUUUUCCCUUCCAUUCCCACCACCGUUCUUAUUAUCUCUUUCUUCCACUUUCUGCUUCUCAUUUCCAACCUCAACCUUUUCCUCUUCGCAUCAACCAGGUUCAGAAUUUUCUCCGAUUCCUCUCGCGAAUUUUCGUUUUCCUCGAAGGAGAGAAAGAGAAAAAGAAAAUCUACGAGCACAGAUCUAAAUGGCGGAAGAGCACCGAUGCCAAGCUCCCGAAGGUCACCGACUCUGCGCCAACAAUUGCGGCUUCUUCGGUAGCUCAGCCACCAUGAAUCUCUGCUCCAAAUGCUACGGUGACAUAUGUUUGAAGGAACAAGAACAAGCAUCUACCAAAUCCACCAUCGAGACCGCUCUCUCUUCCUCCUCCUCCUCCUCCUCCUCCGCCGCUGUUUCUUCGCCGCCGCCGUCGUUGUCCACGUCGUCUCCGUCUCCUUCUCCGUUGAUCGUCGAUUCCGUCGAAUCACUCCCUCCUCCGCCGGCGUUGGUCGCGUCAAGCUCCGUAUCCGUCGGUUCGGUCGGUUCAGUUUCCGUGUCUUCGGUUCAACCGAACCGGUGCGCGACGUGCCGGAAGCGCGUGGGUUUGACCGGGUUCAAGUGUAGGUGCGGGGUCACGUUUUGCGGGUCCCACAGGUACCCUGAGAAACACGCGUGCAGUUUCGAUUUUAAGACGGUUGGGCGAGAGGAAAUAGCUCGGGCGAACCCUGUGAUCAAAGCGGAGAAGCUGGAGCGGAUUUGAUUCGAUCUCAGCCGUUCGAUGAGAUGUGGGACCGCAAGUUGGAUGAGUUUAUCUGGACCGUCCACGUGGACCUCCGAUUAGAGACAGAGUGAUGUCAUUAUGUAUAAUCUAUGAUCUUAUCUUCUAAUUAAGAUAACAUUUGGUUUGUCUCGUUUAGAAAGGUUGAAUAAGUCAUAUUUAUGUGGCUUUGCUUUCGUAAAGGGAAAAAAAAAUUAUUGGAUUGAAAUGAAUUUGUAGGUCCACCACCCACUUUGGGAUAUAGGGGUGGUUGAAAUGAAUUGUGAUUUGUGUGCAGUGCGGUCGAGCGUUUUAUGUUGCUUUCGGUAAUGAAUAUGAAUGAAUGUGGAGUUAUCAUCUG